AUGGAAGAGGAGUACUUUGUGUCAACAGGCCUAAAUCCAUUUUUCUCAUUUAUAGUUUUGAGCAAGGAUUCCUGUUCUACCUGGGGCGGAGGGCAUUUUUCAACUUUUGAUAAAUAUCAGUAUGACUUCACUGGGACUUGCAACUAUAUCUUUGCAACUGUAUGUGAUGAAUCCAGUCCAGACUUCAACAUUCAGUUCCGCCGUGGGCUAGACAAAAAAAUUGCAAGGAUCAUUAUUGAACUGGGUCCUUCUGUCAUCAUUGUUGAGAAAGACAGCAUUUCUGUCAGGAGUGUCGGUGUCAUCAAGCUGCCUUAUGCCAGCAAUGGAAUUCAAAUAGCACCUUAUGGGCGCAGCGUCCGCCUUGUUGCCAAGCUGAUGGAGAUGGAACUAGUUGUCAUGUGGAACAAUGAGGACUACCUCAUGGUUUUGACUGAAAAAAAAUACAUGGGGAAGACCUGUGGAAUGUGUGGAAAUUAUGAUGGUUAUGAACUAAAUGACUUUGUGAGUGAAGGUAAAUUACUGGAUACAUACAAGUUUGCUGCAUUACAAAAAAUGGAUGAUCCAUCAGAAAUCUGUCUGUCUGAGGAGAUAUCAAUUCCUUCCAUUCCUCACAAAAAAUACGCCGUGAUUUGCUCUCAGCUGCUUAACCUGGUGUCACCAACCUGCAGUGUUCCAAAAGAUGGGUUUGUCACUCGUUGUCAACUUGACAUGCAGGACUGCAGUGAGCCAGGACAAAGGAACUGUUCUUGCUCUACACUGUCAGAGUAUUCAAGGCAAUGUGCUAUGUCCCAUCAAGUAGUGUUCAACUGGAGGACUGAAAACUUCUGCUCUGUGGGGAAAUGUUCUGCUAAUCAAAUCUACGAAGAAUGUGGUUCUCCAUGUAUUAAAACCUGCUCCAACCCUGAGUACAGCUGUUCCAGUCACUGUACCUAUGGUUGCUUUUGUCCAGAAGGAACUGUUCUUGAUGACAUCUCAAAGAAUCGCACAUGUGUUCACCUUGAACAGUGCCCAUGUACACUGAAUGGGGAAACUUAUGCUCCUGGUGAUACAAUGAAAGCAGCGUGUAGAACUUGUAAAUGUACAAUGGGUCAAUGGAACUGCAAAGAGUUGCCCUGCCCUGGAAGGUGCUCAUUGGAAGGAGGCUCAUUUGUUACCACGUUUGAUUCUAGAUCAUACAGGUUUCAUGGAGUUUGCACUUACAUUCUUAUGAAGAGUUCCAGACUGCCACACAAUGGAACCCUAAUGGCUAUUUAUGAAAAGUCUGGUUAUUCUCAUUCUGAGACAUCACUUAGUGCUAUAAUUUACCUGUCUACAAAGGACAAAAUUGUGAUUUCUCAGAAUGAACUUCUUACUGAUGAUGAUGAACUUAAGCGGCUACCUUACAAAUCAGGAGACAUCACUAUUUUCAAACAAUCCUCGAUGUUCAUUCAAAUGCAUACAGAGUUUGGUCUGGAACUCAUCGUUCAAACAUCACCUGUGUUCCAGGCUUAUGUUAAAGUCAGUUCACAAUUCCAAGGCAGAACCCUAGGUUUGUGUGGUAAUUACAAUGGAGACACUACAGAUGACUUCAUGACUAGUAUGGAUAUCACUGAAGGAACAGCUUCCCUAUUUGUUGAUUCUUGGAGGGCAGGAAAUUGCCUUCCUGCUAUGGAAAGAGAGACUGACCCUUGUGCUUUGAGUCAGCUGAACAAAAUAUCUGCUGAGACUCAUUGCUCCAUUCUAACGAAGAAGGGUACAGUGUUUGAGAAAUGCCAUGCUGUGGUGAACCCUACUCCUUUCUACAAGAGAUGCGUCUACCAAGCCUGUAAUUAUGAAGAGACCUUUCCUUAUAUUUGCUCUGCUCUGGGAUCAUAUGCACGAACAUGCAGUGCAAUGGGUUUAAUCCUUGAGAACUGGAGAAACAGUAUGGACAAUUGCACCAUUACUUGUACUGGCAAUCAAACAUUCAGCUACAACACUCAGGCAUGUGAAAGGACAUGCUUGUCACUCUCCAACCCAACCCUGGAAUGUCACCCAACUGACAUCCCAAUUGAAGGCUGCCAUUGUCCUAAAGGGAUGUAUCUGAACCACAAGAAUGAAUGCGUUCGUAAAUCCCAUUGUCCCUGUUAUUUAGAAGAUAGAAAGUACAUCUUACCUGAUCAGUCAACAAUGACUGGUGGGAUAACCUGCUACUGUGUUAAUGGGAGGCUAAGUUGCACUGGCAAACUUCAAAAUCCUGCAGAAAGCUGCAAAGCGCCUAAGAAAUAUAUAUCAUGUUCUGACAGCUUGGAAAACAAGUAUGGAGCUGCAUGUGCCCCUACUUGUCAGAUGCUGGCUACUGGAAUCGAAUGUAUUCCUACAAAAUGUGAAUCCGGCUGUGUCUGUGCUGAUGGGCUAUAUGAAAAUCUUGAUGGCAGGUGUGUUCCAGCUGAGGAGUGUCCUUGUGAAUAUGGAGGUCUUUCAUACAGAAAAGGUGAACAGAUCCAAACUGAAUGUGAAAUCUGCACUUGCAGAAAAGGCAAAUGGAAAUGUGUUCAGAAAUCAAGAUGUUCCUCAACAUGUAAUCUUUAUGGAGAAGGCCAUAUCACCACUUUUGAUGGACAGCGUUUUGUGUUUGAUGGCAACUGUGAAUAUAUAUUAGCUAUGGAUGGCUGCAAUGUUAAUAGACCUCUUUCCUCUUUUAAAAUUGUUACUGAGAAUGUCAUUUGUGGGAAAUCAGGGGUUACGUGCUCUAGAUCCAUCAGCAUUUACCUUGGGAACUUGACUAUUAUACUGCGAGAUGAAACCUUCGCUAUUUCUGGGAAAAAUCUUCAAGUGAGGUACAAUGUGAAAAAGAAUGCCCUCCACCUCAUGUUUGAUAUCAUUAUCCCAGGAAAAUAUAACAUGACUCUUGUAUGGAAUAAGCACAUGAACUUCUUCAUCAAGAUCUCCAGGGAAACACAGGAAACUAUCUGUGGUUUGUGUGGAAACUAUAAUGGCAAUAUGAAAGAUGAUUUUGAAACCCGGAGCAAGUAUGUGGCAUCAAAUGAACUGGAAUUUGUGAAUUCUUGGAAAGAGAAUCCUCUCUGUGGGGAUGUAUACUUUGUAGUGGACCCCUGUAGCAAGAACCCUUAUCGUAAAGCUUGGGCAGAAAAGACAUGUUCCAUCAUUAACAGUCAAGUCUUUUCUGCCUGUCACAAUAAGGUGAAUCGUAUGCCCUAUUAUGAGGCCUGUGUCCGAGACUCAUGUGGUUGUGACAUUGGAGGUGAUUGUGAAUGCAUGUGUGAUGCCAUUGCAGUAUAUGCAAUGGCAUGUUUAGAUAAAGGUAUCUGCAUCGACUGGAGGACUCCUGAGUUUUGCCCUGUUUAUUGUGAGUAUUACAAUUCUCACAGAAAAACAGGAAGUGGGGAUGCUUAUUCCUAUGGCUCCAGUGUCAACUGCACCUGGCAUUACAGGCCUUGUAAUUGUCCAAAUCAAUACUACAAAUAUAUGAACAUUGAAGGCUGUUACAACUGCUCUCACGAUGAAUAUUUUGACUAUGAAAAAGAAAAAUGCAUGCCAUGUGGAGAUGAAAGUAUUGGUGCUACACCAGAAACUUCUUCACCUUCAACAGUAACAGCAAUGCAGCCUACAGCAACAAGAAUCUCUACUGCAGUCACAUUACCUACAGCUACCCAACCAACAUCACCUAGUACUUCUUCUGCAUCUACUGUACCAACUGAGACCACAAAUCUAACUGUAACUUCAAAAAUCACAGUCCCAAGAACUUCAUCAUCAUCACCUCUUGUCACAAUGAAGUCAACAACUGAACGUACAACAUCAAUUUUUACUAUGCCAAGCAUGACCUCAACAGUAACUACACCUUCCAUAACUACCUCAGCGAAAAGAACCAUCUUCACUGAACCAAAAUCUACACCUACUUCCUCAGCAACCAUUGCUUCAACAGAAACAGAAAAAAUAAGGUUCACCACACCACUCUUAGAGACUACUGUCAAAGAAGAAACGACAACCAUCUCACUACCUUAUACUACUUCUCAGAUUGCAGUUUUCAGCAAGCCUGAACUAACAACAGUAGAGGCCAGCACUGCCAGCAGUCCAGAAGUUCUGCUGACAAGGAUAUCUCUGAGCCCCAGCUCUUUACCUGCUACCUCAGCUGUAUCUGUUUCUUCCCCCUCAUCUCCAUCUUCAACACGACUGAGACCAUCACAUCCAGCCUCCAAGACAACUGUGCCACCUCUCACCACAGAGAAGACUACCCCUGUCACAUCUUUCACCAGCACCUCCAAGACUUCUGUCUCCAGUGAAGCCAGCUCCACUAGCAGUCCAGAAAUCCCACUGACAACAGCAUCUCCUGCCCCCAGCAGCACCCUCAGCACCAGGCUGCCAACUCCUGCCCCAUCUACACUCUUCUCCACCUCACCUCCAUUCUCCUUGCCAAAAACAAUUCAUACAACGCUAAGACCCAAGCCUUCUUCCCCAAUAACCAGUGCUUCAACAGAGUGGCUGAUACCUGCAUCCUCCACACCCUCUACAGCCAAAACCAGCCUGCUGUCAUCAUCAUCAUCUUCCCCUUACUCAACUGUGUCCUCAACAGCACUGAUCACAUCACAUCUUGCAUCCACUCACAAAAUGACAACUGUGCCACACAUUAUGCCAUCGAUCAUCACGGAGAAGACUACUCCAACUGUGUCUGCCACCAGCACCUUUAAGACGUCCAUCUCCACUGAGGCUGGCCCCACUAGCAGCCCAGAAAUCCCACUGACAAUGACAUCCUUUGUCCCCAGUAGUCUUCUCAGCACAAGGUUACCAUCUGCUGUUCCAUCCACACUCUUUACUUCACCUUCAACCUCUGUGCCAAAGACCGCAACUACAACCCUAUGGCCCAAGCUGCCCUCUCUAACAACCAGUGCUCCAACAGAGUCACCUACACCAGCAUCCUCCACACUCUCCACAGCAAAAACCAGCCUACUGCCAUCAUCUGCAUCUUCUCCCUUCUCAACUGUAUCCUCGACAGUACCGAGCACGUCUCUUCCCGCUUUCACCCAUGAAACAACAACUGUGCUGCACAUGGUGCCAUUUAUCAUCACGGAGAGGACCACUGCCACACCUGUUAUCACCAGCACCUCCAAGACUUCCAUCUCCAGUGAGGCCAGCCCCACCAGCAGCCCAGAAGUCCCACUGACAACGACAUUCCCUGCCCCCAGCAGUGCUCCCAGCACCAGGCUGCCAUCUUCUGCCCCAUCCAUAGUCACCUCCUCUCCUCUGACCUCCAUAAUGAAGUCCACACCUACAACAAUAAGGCCCAAACCUUCUUCCCCACUGACUAGUGCUCAAACAGAGUUUUCCACACCUGCUUCCUCCACACUCUCCACAGUCAAAAGCAGUCCAAUGCUGUCUUUAGCAUCUUCCACUUCCUCAACUGUGUCCUCCACAGCACUGAGAACAUCGCAUCCCACCUCCACCCAGAAAAUGACAACUGUGCCACACAUUGUGCUGCCAGUCACCACAGAGAAGACUACUCUCACUGUGUCUGCCACUAGCACCACUACAACCUCUGUCUCCAGCGAGGCCAGCCCCACCAGCAGCCCAGAAGUCCCACUGACAACGACAUCCCCUGCCCCCAGCAGCACUCUCAGCACAAGACUGCCAUCUGCUGCUCCAUCCACACUCUCCUCCACACCGAAGAUCAGGCCUACAACCCUGAGGCCUGCGUCUUCCUCCAUGACAACCAGUGCUCCAGCAGAGUCGCCUACACCUGCAUCCUCCACACCCUCCACAGCCAAAACCAGCCUACUGUCAUUGUCUCCGUCUUCCUUCUCUACUGUGUCCUCAACAGCAGUGAGCACAUCAUAUCCCACAACAACCCACAAAGUGACAACUGUGCUGCACAUGGUGCCAUAUAUCACCACAGAGAAGACCACUCCCACCAUGUCUUCUGUCAGUACCUCCAAGAUCUCCACCUCCAGUGAAGCCAGCCCCACUAGCACCCCAGAAAUCCCACUGACAACAACAUCCCCUGCCCCUAGCAGCACUCUCAGCACCAGACUGCCAACUCCUGCCCCAUCUACACUCUUAUCCACCUCGCCCUUUACCUCCACUCCAAAGCCCACACCUACAACACUGAGGCUCAAGCCCUCUUCCCUGACAACCAGUGUUCCAGCAGAGUCACCUACAACUGCAUUCUCAACACUCUCCACAGCAAAAACCAGCCUGCUGCCAUCAUCUGUUUCUUCCCCCUUCUCAACUAUAUCCUCGACAGCACUAAGCACGUUACUUCCUGCAACCUCCACCCACAAAACAACUGUGGUGCACAUGGUGCCAUAUAUCAUCACGGAGAUGACCACCCCCACUAUGUCUUCCACCAGCACCUCCAAGACCUCCAUCUCCAGUGAGGCCAGCCCCACCAGCAGCCCAGAAGUCCCACUGACAACAACAUCCCCUGUCCUCAGCAGCACUCUAAGCACUAAGCUGCCUUCUGCUGCUCCGUCCACACACUCUACCUCACUCCCAACCUCCACACCAAAGCCCACAUCCCUAAGGUCCAAGCCUUCUUUCCCAACAACCAGUGCUCCAACAGAGACACCUUUACCUGUCUUCUCAACACCCUCCACAGCCAAAACCAGCCCGCUGCCAUCAUCUGCAUCUUUUCCCUUUUCAACCGUGUCUUCGACAGCACUGAGCACAUUACAACCCUGUAAGUCUGCACUUAGUUCUUCCUACUGUUCUGCCUGUUCUUCCCAGUUCUUGCCUCUGUUUCCUACCUCGCAGGACAAGCCUUGCAGUGUUCACUCUCCAUGUUAUCACCUUCCUUACCUUCUGCAUUUGUCAUUUCAUUUCUGGGACGUAUGUUGAGGUUCUGGGAGCAUGC